AUGUCGGAAAGAUCAUCAAGUGGAUCAAUAAAAACCAAUCGAGAUAUUCAACAAAUGAAUCAAUAUGAACCAGUUAACAAUGAUUUUGUUUAUAAUAGAGAUAAUAAUUUCACUCAGUUUAAUGAUAAAUUUUAUUUUAUUGAAAAUUCAUUUAGAAAUAUAAAUAUCUAUAGAUCGAAUAAUUCAAAUCGAAAUAAUAUUUAUCAAACAGAUAAAAAUGUAAAUAGUGAAAAGAAAAAGAUGGAAACAAUUAAUAAUGAAUAUAGUGAAAAAGAAUCUAAUAAGACAAGUUCGAACAUAUAUGAUCUAUCAUCAUCAUCAGUUAGACGAUUAAAUCGUAGAUCAUAUUUAUCUUCAUUGAUUCUUUUACCAGAUUUAUCAAAUAAAGAUAAUUUAUUUAAAUAUAAUAAAUCACUUAAAUCUUAUUCUUCUCUUAAUAAUUUGUCACAAUUGAAAAAUUCAAAUAUUAAAACUCGAUAUUAUUCAUUACCUUCAUCACGAUAUGAACAAGAUAAAUCAAAUCGUUUUGAUUCAAAUAUUUCAAGUCAUCAAUCAAUUGAUAUUAUUAAAGAUAAUUAUUCAAAUGAAUAUUUAUAUGAAAGUAAUUAUUCGAAUAUAUACAAAUAUAAUCAACAAUCACCAAUAACAACAACAACAGCAAGAGCAAGAACGACAAGAAUUAAAUUAAGUUUACCAGUAUUAUCAACUGGAUUAAAUAAUCGUCGUCGUUAUAAUAAUAAAAGAGAAAUAAAUGAUAGAUCAGUUCAAGGAGAAUUUACAUUACCAACAGAUCCUCCAAUAACAGUUACAAUUCAACCACAAAAUAUAAUUAAUGAAAAUAUUGAAAAUCAACCAUCAUUACAUGAUGAUCAAAUCUAUUCACCUGAUCAUAUACAUUAUAUAAAUAAAAAACGAAUUAGUAUUGAUCAAUCAUUAAAAGGUACAUCAACAAUAGUUAAUUAUUUUAUGGAUCUUUUAAAACCAAGUGAUAAUAAAUUGGCUAUGAAAUUAUUUGGAAGUCGAAAAGGUGUACUUAAAGAACGUUUAAGACAACAACGAUCUGGUCAUUGUAUUAUACAUCCAUGUUCCAAUUUUCGUUUUUAUUGGGAUUUAGUUAUGUUGAUUUUAUUAAUAACAAAUGUUAUUGUUUUACCAGUGGCAAUUGCUUUUUUUAGUGAAGAUAUUAAUUCAGCACGAUGGAUUACAUUUAAUGUUGUUUCGGAUGCUUUUUUUCUUUUUGAUAUUGUUGUUAAUUUUCGAACAGGUGUUUUAAGAAAUGAUUAUAUUGAUGAAAUUAUUCUUGAACCACGUCUGAUAGCACUGCAUUAUAUUAAAACUUGGUUUAUCGUUGAUUUACUUAGUUCAUUGCCAAUUGAUUAUUUAUUUUUAUUUUUUGAUACUGGUGAUCAUUCAGGUGGUUAUACAAUAGCUCGAACUGGUCGAGCUAUUAAAGUUCUUCGACUUGUUAAAUUACUUUCAUUAUUAAGAUUACUUAGAUUAUCACGUCUUGUCAGAUAUAUUCAUCAAUGGGAAGAGUUUUUAUCAAUAGCAAGUAUGGUUAUGCGUAUUCUUAACUUAAUAGCAUUAAUUAUAUUAUUGGCACAUUGGAAUGGAUGUUUACAAUUUAUGGUUCCAAUGUUUCAAAAUUUUCCAUCUGAUUGUUGGGUUGCACUUAAUGGUCUUCAAAAUGCUCCAUGGACAGAACAAUAUACAGUUGCUCUAUUUAAAGCACUUUCACAUAUGUUAUGUAUUGGUUAUGGAAGAUAUCCACCUCAAUCUUAUGUUGAUAUGUGGUUAACUAUGCUUUCAAUGGUUAUUGGAGCAAUGUGUUAUGCUGUUACAAUUGGACAUGUAUCAGCACUUGUUCAAAGUUUUGAUACAUCAAGACGUUUAUAUAAUGAAAAAUUUAAACAAGUUGAAGAAUAUAUGGCAUGGAGAAAAUUACCUCGAGAAAUGCGUAAUAGAAUAUCUGAUUUUUAUGAACAUCGUUAUCAAGGAAAAAUCUUUCAUGAAGACACAAUUUUAGCUGAACUUUCAGAAAGAUUAAGAUUGGAUGUUAUUAAUUAUAAUUGUCGUUCUCUUGUAUCAUCAGUACCUUUUUUUGCAAAUGCUGAUCCAAAUUUUGUUUCGGAUGUUGUUACUAAAUUACAUUUUGAAGUAUUUCAACCUGGUGAUCAAUUAAUUAGUGAAGGAACUAUUGGAAAUAAAAUGUAUUUUAUACAAGAAGGUGUUGUAGAUAUAAUUAAAUCAGAUGGACAAGUUUUAACAACUUUAUCUGAUGGAUCUUAUUUUGGAGAAAUUUGUUUAUUAACACGAGCUAAACGUGUAGCAAGUGUUCGUUGUGUAACAUAUUGUAAUUUAUAUUCAUUAGAUUCAAGUCAAUUUGAAAGAGUUCUUGAAUCAUAUCCAUUAAUGAGAAGAACAAUGGAAUCAGUUGCUGCUGAAAGACUUAAUAAAUUAGGAAAAAAUCCUUCAAUUAUAUCAACACGAUAUGAUUUAAAACGUGAUGCAGCUGCUUUAAAAGAUAUGAUUGAUCGUGUAACACCUCAACCAUCAUCAGAUGAUUCUUCUCAAAGUGAUUCAUCAUCAAUAUUAUCAAAUCAAAAUAAAAAAAUUGAUUUUAAAUCUUCAUUAUCACAUUUACAUGAAGAAUUUAAAAAAUCAUUUAUUAAAAAACGUUCAACUAGAAAUAGAAGAAAAAUUUCUCUUCAAGAUAAAAAAAUAAAAAAUCUAUCACGAAAUUAUUUAUCUGCACCUAAUUCGAAUUCAAUUGAAAAUCAAAUUAAAAAAUCUCCGUCCACACCUUUUGAGACUCUACAUUAA